AUGCUGGCCCGCUCCGCUCUCUUGGUUCAUUCCACUGAGCUCGCUCUCAAUGCCGCACGUGCUGCUUCUGGUUUGUUUUCUUUUACGAAAAUCUAUAUUUUUAGCUGUCAGAAUGAACUGUGUUUAAAUCAGAAUCUCAUUUGUAAUAUUUAAAAGCAAUGAGACGAAGUUUCUUUGAAAAUUCCGUUAAAAAACAUGAAUUUUGAAUAUGCACGUACGCAUGUCAUAAGCUUGCAGGCGCUGCUGCUGCCAAUCCAAAAAAAACCGGCAACCGCAUUAAAACUUUCGAGAUCUAUCGCUUCAAUCCGGAAGCUCCGGGAGCCAAGCCGACCAUUCAGGUUUUCCCAUUAACACUUCAGUAGAUUUCCACAGUUUACCGUUUUCAGAAGUUCGAUGUCGAUCUCGAUCAGUGCGGAACCAUGAUCCUUGAUGCUCUCAUCAAAAUCAAGAACGAAGUUGAUCCGACUUUGACCUUCAGACGCAGUUGUCGCGAAGGAAUUUGCGGAUCCUGCGCCAUGAACAUCGGUGGACAGAACACCCUGGCCUGCAUCUGCAAGAUCGAUGCCGACACCUCGAAGAGCACCAAGAUCUAUCCGCUUCCACACAUGUUCGUCGUCAAGGUAUUCAGUGUUUUCGGUGUUUUAAUAAGCUAAAUGUUAAUUUAUUCAGGAUUUGGUUCCGGACAUGAAUCUGUUCUACGCUCAAUAUGCUUCGAUCCAGCCAUGGAUUCAGAAGAAGACUCCACUCACUCUCGGAGAGAAGCAGAUGCACCAAAGCGUUGCCGAACGUGAUCGUCUUGUGAGUUAAUUCUCGAAAACGUCCUACUGAAAUCUGAUUCUCAUUCAGGAUGGACUGUACGAGUGCAUCCUCUGCGCGUGUUGCUCCACCUCAUGUCCAUCCUACUGGUGGAACGCCGACAAGUACCUCGGUCCAGCGGUUCUCAUGCAGGCCUACAGAUGGGUCAUCGAUUCUCGCGACGACUAUGCCGCCGAACGUCUUCAUCGCAUGCACGACUCAUUCUCCGCAUUCAAGUGCCACACUAUCAUGAACUGCACCAAGACCUGCCCAAAAGUAAGCUUCAUUUCAGAAAUCAUCUCGCAUGCUUCAUUUUUUCAGCACUUGAACCCAGCCAAGGCUAUCGGUGAGAUCAAGUCGCUUCUGACCGGUUUCAAGGAGAAGCCAGCCGCCGAACCAUCCCAGUUCUGA